AUGGCUGCUUCGGUCCUCGGUAAGCGCCAGCGAGGUGCUAUCGAACCGGAAGUACCAUCAUUACCCGUGCGUCGAGCAAGCAGGCGCCGGACACAACAACCUCACGUCCGUCAAGAAAGCGAGCCCCCUGCACCCCAACCGCGCCAACUUCGGUCACGGACGAGAAACGGCAAUGGCGCCGCUAUUCAAGAAGAGCCUCAGGAAGAAUCAAAGAAUGAUUCGGUCGAUAGUGGACAGACAAAGCGUACUGUGCAGGUUGGCAAGGCGGCCAUAUCACCUGUUAAGCGCAGCCAUGCUACAGAUCCGGUCAAUGACGAAAACUCGACACCAGUCGAGUUCAAGACACCUUCGAAGUCCAGAUUUCGCGAUGCACUCGAUUCACCUCCGACAACACCGAAACAUCGAGUCCUGAUUGGCGGGAAAUCUAUGACUCCACGCACACCUCGACAUAUAUCGACGCCAACCACCACGCAGACUAUAUACUCCGAAGCAAGGCAGAUGUUUGCGCGGGGUGCAACUUCAGCUCGGAUAGUGGGUCGGGAUACCGAACGGGAGAAAUUGACCUCGUUCAUACAAGAUGGUGUUGAUUCGCGCAAAGGUGGUUGCUUGUAUGUCAGUGGUCCCCCGGGUACUGGAAAGAGUGCCUUGGUUCAGGAAGUGUGUCACGACAUGGACUUGAAGUCUCUCAAAAUCGCACAUCUCAAUUGCGCAAGUAUGCGGGGUGCUCGUGACGUCUACAGCAGGCUUAUCGGCGAUCUCUGCAACGACCAUGACGUCUUCAAGAAGAGCGAAGCAGAUCGGCUACGACUGAUGUUUACAUCCGAAGAGGAAGAUGAUAUGUUCUUGGUUACUCUGGACGAGAUUGAUCAUCUCCUCACCGCGGAUUCCGGUAUCCUCCAGUCCUUGUUUGAGUGGUCGUUGCAGGAAAAGUCUAGACUCUUGCUCAUCGGCAUUGCCAAUGCGCUAGACUUGACUGAUCGAUCACUCCCACAAUUGAAGGCCAAGAACUUGAAGCCUCGCUUGCUUCCCUUCUUGCCUUACAAUGCUGGCCAGAUUGCCAGCGUAAUCACCAAUCGUCUUCGCUCUUUACUACCUGAAGGUCAAACGGUGGAGCCCAAUUUCGUUCCCUUUGUCCAACCAGCAGCUAUUCAACUGUGCUCGAAGAAGGUGGCAUCGCAGACUGGCGAUCUACGGAAGGCAUUCGAACUGGUCAAGCGUGCCAUCGAUCUUAUCGAGCAGGAAGCACUCAGAAAGCUCGAGGCACAGAAUGCCAACCCCGAGAGUCCUACCAAAACAAUUCUCGUCGAGAACAACAAUCUUUCCUCAUCCUCAAAGUCUUCUUCACCCAAACAGACUCCUACUUUAUCUUACACUGCUAUCACAGCGCCUCGAGCCAGCAUUGCGCAUGUUGCGCGUAUCACUUCGGCGGCAUUUGGACAGGGGACUGUCCAGCGACUACAGGGGCUCAACCUUCAGCAGAAGGCAGCCAUAUGUGCUUUGAUUGCCCUGGACCGCAAGCGGCGGCAAGGUGAAUUCCCGGGCACACCGUCCAAGACCAAGCAUUUGCCGCCGACGAUCAAGCAAGUGUACGACACAUAUUGUACUUUGUGUCGGCAAGACAAUAUCCUACACCCUCUUACAUCUACCGAAUUCAAGGACGUGCUCAGCAACCUGGAGACGAUGGGCCUUGUAGGUGAAUACCAGGGCCGUGGUCGAGGUGGUACAGUCGCCGGCGGAUCAGAUCUGCGACGCAGUCCUUCCAAGCUCCACGGGCCAAUGACACCCAGCAAAGCCUUGGAUGAGCAGAGCCUGGUUUGUUUCGUCUCUCAGAAAGAGAUCGAGACACAACUUACCGGAGCGGGAGAGGGUAUCCUCCGGAGACUGCUUACCGGUCAAGGGCUGUAA